CUUCCUGCAGCCUCGCCGGCAGACCAGUAGCCAUCCGACAGCAUCAUGACCGCCAGCUCUGCAUCUGAACAGUCCUCCGCCAGGCGCGGUGCGCUGAUUGUCAUAGAAGGGACCGAUCGCUCGGGCAAAUCGACGCAAUGCUCGCAUCUCGUCGAGCUCUUGGAGUCCCGGGGGUUGGCUGUGGAGCUCAUCAAGUUUCCAGAUCGCACGACGCCAAUUGGACAAUCCAUCGACCGCUACCUCAAGGGAAUGCAAGAGAUCGACGAUCGAGUCGUCCACUUGAUGUUCUCUGCCAACCGAUGGGAGUGCAUGUCGUCUAUGAGACGCAAGCUGCAACAAGGCAUCACUCUGAUUGUCGACAGAUACGCCUUCUCAGGAGUAGCCUACUCUUCUGCCAAGGGCCUUGACCUGCAGUGGUGCAAGAAUCCAGACGUAGGUCUCCUGCGCCCCGACCAGAUCAUCUUUCUAGAUAUUCCUCCGGCCGAGGCAGCUCAGCGCAGCGACUAUGGCGCGGAGCGGUAUGAGAAGCUCGAGUUCCAGAACAAGGUCUAUCAGGCCUUUGGGCGACUCCGGGAUCCUUCGUGGAAGGUCGUUGAUGCUCGCCAGCCGCUGGAAGCAAUCAAAAGCCAGGUCGGAGAGAUCGUGCUGGCAACAGUCCAGACGGCCGGGACGACGACCCUGAACGACGACCUCUUUGGUGCCUGAUUCAACUCAUUCGGUCAUUAUGCGAGAAGUUGAUACCGAGAGCCAAGCUGGUCCCGAAGACGGACACUGUGCUCCUCCCAGACACGAUUCUUCCUGUUCACGACGGCCAUUUUGUCGAGCAUGCGUUUCGGGCUGUGUCUGAUCCAUCUCUGUGCGCGACCAUGAUUCCGGCACCAUCACCACUGUAUUCUUUUGCAAAAAAUGACA